GAUGCAUGAAUGUUUUACACAACUAAAGCUCACCUCUUCACUCUUUCUCAAAAUCAAUGGAGUUGUUCACAACAAUAUGUUUUUCACUUGUUUCCCUCAUUAUUUCCUAUUUUUACAAAAGGGUUUUUCAGACGAGAAGCCAUUGUUGUUACAUGUUAGCUUACGAGUGUUUCAAAGCAACGGACGACAGGAAACUCGACACCGAAUCUUGUGUAAGAGUCGUCACGAGGAACAGGAAUCUUGGUCUGGAUCAGUACAGGUUUCUGUUGCAAACAAUGGUGAAUUCUGGUAUCGGGGAAGAAACUUACGGCCCAAGAAAUGUGCUCGCGGGCCGAGAAGAAACACCUACAUCAAACGAUGCUUACGAAGAAAUAGACGAAAUCAUGUUCGAAACACUCGACAGGCUGUUUCUGAACACCGGCGUUUCGCCGUCCGACAUUGAUAUACUCGUUGUCGAUGUCUCGUUGUUUUCUCCAGCGCCGUCGUUGACGGCUCGAAUAGUUAACCGAUAUAAGAUGAGGGACGACAUUAAGACCUUUAGCUUGUCCGGUAUGGGGUGCAGUGCAAGCAUGGUGGCGGUCGAUCUCGUCCAACAGCUAUUUAAGAGUUAUGCGAACGCGUACGCGGUGGUUGUGAGCACGGAAGUGAUCGGUCCCCAUUGGUACUGCGGCAAGGAGAACUCGAUGAUGUUGUCGAAUUGUUUGUUCCGAUCGGGUGGAUGCUCGGUUCUUUUAACGAACAAAUCGUGCUCGAAACAUCGAGCAUUGAUGAAAUUAAACCACUCGGUUCGAACCAACAUCGGAUCCAACGACGAAGCGUACGGAUGUUGCAUACAAGUCGAAGACAAACAAGGCUACAACGGUUUCCUCCUUACUAGAAACCUAACAAAAGCUGCCGCAAAAGCAUUCACUAUGAAUCUCAAAGUCCUAGUCCCCAAAAUCUUACCCACCCUGGAACUUGUUCGAUUCGCCGUCGUUUCGGCCUAUAAAACCAACAAAAAAACCGCCACACCCGAAUCAUCGUCAACAACAUCAUCAUCAAAAACAAACUUGAAUCUAAAAACCGGCAUCGACCAUUUCUGCAUUCACCCCGGUGGAAAAGCCGUGGUCGAUGGGCUCGGAAAGAGCUUAGGACUGACCGAAUACGACAUGGAACCGGCUCAAAUGGCGCUGCACCGAUUCGGAAACACAUCGGCCGGCGGGCUGUGGUACGUUUUAGGGUACAUGGAGGCCAAGAAGAGGCUUAAGAAAGGUGACAAAGUCCUAAUGAUAAGCUUGGGAGCUGGUUUUAUGUGCAAUAACUGUGUUUGGGAAGUGAUGAAAGACUUGGAAAAUGGAAAUGUAUGGGAAGACUGUUUAGAUCGUUAUCCGGUUUCAAGGAAGAAGAUGAUGAACCCUUAUGCGGAGAAGUACAGUUGGAUCAAUGACGAGUGUCUCAACUUUGUUAGAUUGGAUUUUUCAAAUCUCAUUCUUUCCCCCACUUCCUGAUUCUGUAUUUUCUUCCGAUAAUUAUAAUAUUUAGGUUUGCCUUCA